GUAAUUCGCUGUUAUGGCAUUACUAGAGAUCCGGAAUCUAAUAAUUUUAUGAUGGUAGUGCAAUAUGCAGAAAAUGGCAAUUUAAGACAACGCUUAAAUAAUAGUUUUAAUUCAAUGAAUUGGGAAGAAAAGUUGGAUAUCUUAAAAAGAACUGCAUCUGGACUUGAAAAUAUUCAUGAUAAGGGAUUAAUUCAUCAUGAUUUUCAUUGUGGUAAUAUAUUGAAUGGUACAAAAAGGCAGCACACUUAUAAUCAAAUUCGUAUUACUGAUUUAGGAUUAUGCCGACCAGCAAAUGUAAUACCUUCUCAAGAUGAAAAUAAAAAUAUAUACGGAGUAUUACCUUAUGUAGCACCUGAAGUUUUAAGAGGAAAAGAAUAUACUCAGGAAAGUGAUAUUUAUUCAUUUGGAAUUAUUGCAUAUGAAGUGUGUACAGGGCUUCCACCUUAUCAUGAUAUUUCUCAUGAUCAAUUCUUAGCUAUUAGCAUUUGUCAAGGGCUUAGGCCAAAAUCUAGUUAUAAAAUUCCUCAAACAAUUUUGAACGUAAUUGAACAAUGUUGGGAUGCUGAUCCUUUAAAACGACUUAAAGCAGAUGAAUUA